UUACAUGCAAAGCAGAUUACCAGCGAAUCGGCGAAACAGCGUGAACGGGCGCGGGCUCGAGGCCGCGUUUCUGACAAUCGGCGGGUCUUUUCCACGCCUACCCCCGUCGCCCCUCUCCCUGCGCCGCCGCACCUGCCCGACCCCAGCGCCCCCUCCCGAUCAGUGCUGGCGCUGCGCCCCACCGCCUGCCAUCCGUGCUGCGCCCCUCUGCCCUGCUAGCUGCUACAUCCACGAAGACCGUGGGUGGCGUUCCACACGGUGGCCGCACCCUCGAGCCUCUCCUACCGGGCCACCGCACCCUCGACGGUCAGCGCGAUGCUGCGCAACUUCCCGCAGGCGCGGAGGCUCCUCAGGCGGAUGGGCUUCGAGAAGGAGGACGCCUACUUCUGGAAGCAGAUGGGCAAGGCCUUGCUCUGCACUUACACUCUCUUUGGCGUCGCCUGGAUCUGGAACGAGACGUCGCCACUCGGCUGGUGGACGCUCAAGCCACGCCCCAAGGAAGAAAAAGAAAUGGCACACCUUUAUGAGCGCCGGAAGUUCCCGUACCCUGGUGAUGAAGAGGCAGUUGAGGAGUUUAUAAAAAGUGGAGGUGCUCUUGGAACCACAAUUGGACCCAAGGGUUUCGCUGAUGCCAAUAUGGAUUCUGAAAACAUGCAGAAGCAGUUGCAGUCUAAAAAAUUUGAGCAGGAAGCGCAGAAGCUAUGGCUUCGAAUGAGGAAUGAAGUUAUACAGGAGCUCCAAGAGAAGGGAUUUGAUAUCGAAUGACUUUUAGAUCUGCAGUAUGUUCAGCACUGAUAACCUUAAAGUUAAAACCAUGCUGUUGAAAUUGGAGAACUAUUUCUUGGGAACAUAAAAGUUUGUAGGAUCUGUCUUUUUCACUGUCUGACACGUGCCAAGUGCUGCUUGAUUGUAUUAUAAAUACCCUGAUUUGUGAAGAAGGACCUCCGCCACAUAUUGCCUGACGAUCA